AUGACAGGAAUGAUGGUAACAGUUUUACUUCUUUCAAAAAGAAAGACUUGGGGAUUAAAAGACGUAAAACGUGGUCAUAAGUGGACUUUUUCCAAGAAGCGUUUUCAAUGCUCAGAAAAGAAGAAAGUUUAUCUUCAUGAUAGAUACUGCCAACAAAAGAGUAAAGCAUACAAUUUAAUAUUAAAUCUAAGAAGGAAAGAAUCGGGUAAAACUAAGAAAGUAGCCUACGAAAAUUAUUUAAGAUUUCAUUGCUAUCUGAAGUACAAAACUAUAUUAAAACCUGAAUUGAAACAUAAGUAUGAAGCUGUAUUAAAACCUGGAUUGAAACAGAAGUAUGAAACCGUAUUAAAACCUGAAUUGAAACAGAAGUAUGAAGCUAUAUUAAAACCUGAAUUAAAACACAAAUAUGAAACUAUAUUAAAACCUGAAUUGAAACAGAAGUAUGGAGCUAUAUUAAAACCUGAAUUAAAACACAAAUAA